UGCCUCCCCACACCACAGAACCAACCGUGCCCCCUCCCUUACUUCGCUGCCCCACUCCCGGCGGACAGGUUAUUUCCUAGUUCGCACGAACGACGCUGAUGUCGCCACCGUCACCGCAGCUCUCAAAGCUGAAAGUCUCUACGCGGCUGUCAUUAUUCCCCUGGAUUUCGUUCGGUACGCGUGGUUUUAUUGAUCCUCGACUCAGCUUACAGCAUUCGUUCACGUGAAGUCUGGAGUGUCAAGACCCUGCAUACAGUUUUGUGAUUAGUGCUUUUACUCUGGUGUUGUGAACAGCUUAAAGUGUUUUACCAAAUGGUUGUGCUUGAGGAAGGCGGCAUGCUUACCACUGGACACAAUCAGUACCUCCAACCGGAUUAUCUUUCUCCGCUUCCAACUACGUUGGAUGCGAAGAAGAGUCCGUUGGCUCUACUGGCACAGACGUGUAGUCAGAUUGGAGCAGAUUCUCCAUCGAAACCCUUGAUUUCUCCCCUGGAUAAACCGUCAAAAGGCUCAUCUGCAUCGUUGAACGCGAGAUCACCGCCGGCGGCAAAAUUGGAGCGCACCCGCAGCAGCCCUUCGGAAUCGAAGCCGCUCGCUUUCAAGCCUUAUGAAACAAAUGUAGUGUCCAAAAAAUCUUCGGAUGACGGUAGACCAACCUCGAAGGCUAGUGUGCACAGUGUUAGUGGUCAGGAUAGUGUCAGUGCGAGUGAUAUGAGCUCUGAUAAAAAAUCGUCGGGUAGUCGAACGCCCGUGGGAAGAAAAUCUACCUCCCCCUCGAGUCACGCGCCAACAUCUACGAGCAAUACAAACUCUACUACGACAAGCUCGAAUAGUGAUCGUAGAACACCCGCAGAUCGCGAAAAAAUGAGUGCUUCGCCAAGAAACAACGGUGCGAGUCCCAUCAUCAGAUCCGGAAUGGAGAUCCUUUCUGGUGGACACUCGAAAGACCUGGGUGCUUAUAAAUCUGGUCUUCCCAGUUACGGUGGAAAUCCUCUCUGCUGUCCACCAGGUCUUGCGGAAAAUCCUGCAUUCAGGCCACCUUUUGCAGGAGCUUCGCCGUUCUCCCAUCAUCAUGCAGCCACUGCAGCUCUUCUUGGGUACCCUACAUCUGCUCCAGCUAACAACAACCCGUAUCUGAGUUAUGCUCGUGUCAAAACUCCAGCUGGUGGUGAGGCUUUGGUUCCAGUCUGCAAGGAUCCUUACUGCACCGGAUGCCAGUACAGCAUGCACAAUGCGCAGAUGAUGAUGGGCGCUGGUUCCUGUCCUAGUGGAUGCACACAGUGCGAUCAUCAGAAGUACGGCCUCGCCAUGGCCCUCUCAUCUUUGGGACCCAUGCCACCACCGUCCAUGAGCUAUCCGUCGUCGCUUGGAGGCGGAAGACCUUAUGUGUGCAACUGGAUCGCUGGAGAGUCCUACUGCGGUAAGCGGUUCAACACCUCCGAGGAACUUCUGCAGCAUCUUCGGAGCCACACGAGUUUGGCAGGUAGUGAACAUGCGGCAUCUGCUGCCCUUCUCGGUUCACCUCACGGACACCCGUUACUCUCGCCGUCGGCUGCUCUUCACCGUGCAGCUGGUGGAGCUUACCCGGCACCUUCUCUGAGUCCGCUCAGUGCGAGAUAUCAUCCAUACGGGAAACCACCGACUGGACCACUUCCUGCUUCGCUUGCGGCAUCACCCUACAGUGCAUUUAAUGCUUUAGGACCAUAUUACUCGCCUUAUGCAAUUUAUGGUCAACGAAUCGGCGCGGCUGUUCAUCAGUAAGGUGUAAGGUGUGUCUUCCGACGGAACGAGAAAGGGACCAAGACGUCCCGUUACAGAGACUGUCUUUAUGUGUACAUAGAACGCCGUGGGCGUGUUUGUAAAAUAGGAUUCUAUUUAAAAGAAAAAAUUUAUAUAUGAAAAUAAUAAUUACUGCAAGUUGGUGGCAUAUCUCGACAUAACGUCGCGCGUUGCGAGACUACUCUUGUGUGGCGUGUCUGUGUUCUGAAUUACAAGCCCAUUAAAAUUUGAGCGAUUUAUGAUCAGUAUUCUACUACCGUACUACUCGCUUCACAAUUGUCCGUUCGGUAUAAAUUAUCCUGCAAUCUCGCGUUGACGUGAGUCCGGUUUAAAUGCAAUACUGUAUUUUUCCUUCCUUGUUUGACAAGCAAAGAGUUUUAUGGAUCAUCAAAAUGAAACGUACGGCGCGUACGUCUGUGACGAGGUAUUAACGAGAUAACAACGGCGGUAAUGACGACUGUCGCCUCAAAAAGUUUGAGAAACUUUUAGAGACAGAAACGCUGUCCAUAUGUAACUGUGAUAUUGUAUUAUUUUUUCGAAGAGGUGUUUGAAAGUAUCUUCGUUUCGGGAUAAAUUCGACUGCAAGUGUCUGUCUAAAUUGAAGGAAUUUAUUCUUUUGCUAAUUGUAUUGCAACUUAAUGUAAAGAGUACCAUUUCUUUCGAUUCUAAAUCACUGAAUGUUUUUCUCUGAGCUAACACGAUUAUGCAAUCACAGAAAUUACUUUGUCCAGCAGCGUCGAUUUAUGCGGCUAAACGCAAUGUUGCACGCAUAGCGUUAAAAUAUGUCAUUCAUCCUGUAAAUAAGACUUGUAAAUAUAUCGUUGAGUUUCCAUACUGCUUUAAUAAACAUGUUUGUAGAAUCAUAAAA